AUGUCUGCUGUCUUCUUGACGCUUGGUUUGGUUGACGGUUUGAAGAUCCGCUAUGGAUCUGCAAGCCUAUUGUACAAGCCGUGUUGGCUUGCAGCCCUGGUAAGUGGUCAAAGAACGUGAGUACAAGCUAUGUCACCUUUUAAAAGUAUCAAGUCCUCACUCUAAGUCCCCUGUUUUUCAUUUUUAUGUGCCUAAAAUUUGAAACAGUUUACCUAGUAAUCAUUCAAAUACAUUUAAUCUGUUUCCGCUCUUUUAAGCAACGGUUUGAACAUUUGUUGUUGCACAGUCAUGGCUGUUUAUUUGGCAAGGGGCAUAAAAUAUAACUUUGAGUUUAGGAAAGUCUUAGUCUAUAUACAAUUAGUCGGAAAAACAAUUUGAGCUAAAAGAUUCUAGUUAUUUCGGCCAGUCAAUAUAUUUCCGCAUAACAACAAUUGCAGCGUAAGUACUAGGCCACCACGUAGCACAAUCAUCAGUUGAUAUUGCCUCUGUUGGCUCCUGUGGUCGGGCGCCUGGUAUUUUAUGGUCAAGUUGUAAACCAUGAAUAAGAUUCUUUGUUUAUUUUACAAGAACUGAGACUCAAAAAUUAACAGACAGCCCUAAACAUAUUCUCUCUUAAGUCUUCGGUCACUUUAGUAUCUCUUGCUGCUUGACCGAUUGCUAAUUUGAAGCGCGCUUUUCUUUAAAUAAUUAAACAUUUUAAGAAUGAUAUUUUCUUUUCGGCUGAGCGAAGCAGCAAUCCAAAGAAUUCUCUCUUAUCUUCAUUUCUAACAGCAUACUUAAAUGAUAACUAAAAAAGAUAUUUUUUGUGGAUGUAAAUGCUUCCUAGUUAAGUGUGUUAACUGUCGCGGAUGCAAAUAUUACUUCUCUGACGUCACAAGCCUAUUUUGCUUUCAGGAAGCAGAUCUUGCUCUAAGGUUUUGAAUUUUUUAAGAGAAUCCAACAUUGGAUUCUGGCGUAAAGAUUGUUUGAAUCGGGUCACAAUGAAAGAAAAAAGCCUCUUAAAAUGGAUUCUCUGAGAGUGUGCCAGCAAUGCAGGCGACCAGCGAGAACGUGACGGAUCCCAUGUUCUCGCGUGAAAGCUACUGGCCAGGUGCACCGCUUUUACCUGUUUUGACCUGUUUUACCAGUUUUUAUCUUUUCCCUGACAGUCUCUUCCAUUUGGAAUCAUGGGACUGGUCUUAGCCCGCUCUCGCAGACCUUCUCCGAUGCUGGUAGGGAAAGCUGCAUUAUAAUUAUAAUCACCUAGCUAGCCAUCUAACAGGAUAAUUAUAACAGUUUAAAGGUUCUUGAUCAAAAACAAGAUGAUAACAAGAGUGUUCCUCGUCUCCCGGUACCAAAAGAAAAAAAAAUAUUACAUUACAGAGUACACAGACCCUCGGACAUACGAGCAAUUCCAUAUCCCCUUCUGGGGGGAAAGGGAGGGGCGAAACCUUUCUUGGGGUUCCUGCUAUGUUAUGGUUAACAAUUAUUGAAUGAGCCUGAACCUGAUAUUAAAAAUUAUGCAGAACGAAGUGGAUAACAGACUCCGAGAUCUGCGUAAUACUUCAUAUCAUUCGGUGAAAGCCGAAUUCAAUAAUUGUUUUGCUAUUCAUUCAAAAUAUUUCCAAGCUCUUAACAAACCUUCCCUCCUCGUAGAUCGACUUCUUUAAAAACAUUUGCCUGAUUUUCGGCACAGUUGAAGAAUAUGAAUAAUUACUACCUUUCAAACUCCUCAAAAUGUAGGUGACAUCCAUUGAGCAAUAGUUUUUGCGUAUCUUACCUUUUGAUUUUUUUCUGUUCAGUUUUAGUCAUUUAUUCGGCUAAUUCGUCUUUUGAUAGCUGUCGCCCGGCAGCCCAGCUGUUUUGACACAUGCUAAAAAAAGCUACAGAGACGCACCGCUGCCAUGGAACGAGGUUGCGAUAUACUAUCGUAUCGAUAGGAGCCAACCAGAAACGAAAUCUGUAAAUUGGUUACAUUAAACUCAAUAUAGGCGUUCUUUUGAAAUGAGAAAAUCUAAGUUUAUAAGACGCAAGGUGUCAGGGGGGUUUUCAAAUGAAAUUGUGUAUAAUUUGGCUCCUUUGAGCAUUUUCUUCCUGUAUUUAGUUUCUUUACGGCAAAAGUGAAAUCUUAAAAAUGGCUGGGCAGCUUAUUAGGGGACAUUCUAUCACGCCUAUCUAAAUGCAUUAUUGUUUUCAUUGAUUUUUUGUGUUCACUUUUUGUUAUCUUAGAUCAAAGCCAUUUGGUCUGUAAGUGUCCCUUGUAUUGUCUUCUCUGCACUGGUAGUUUUCUCAUAUUAUCACUUUGGAAUAGCAACGUUAGUGCUUGCGAAUCACGCUCGAAGUCGGUCAUUCCUUUCCUCGCGGACUGAUCCUGGCUUUUUGGCCGACGACACCUCGUUGAAGUACACUGAAAAGGAAGAAGAAGCUUUGGCUGUAUUUGGCAUUAUUGUAAUAUUGUCCAUCUUAGAAAUGAUUGUCGCCGCUGCCAUAGCAAAAAUCAGCGACACAGGUUACCAAAGCCCACAGUCCUCUCCGAUGUAUUACAUGUAUUCCCAGGUUAGUAUACGGCGUAACUACAGUGCUAACCCUAUAACAUGUUCAUGUGCUUAAGGGGGCAUUACGGGCGUUUGUUGGGGGAAAUGAUGUUGAUUUGGGAAGGAAAUGAGUUAAGGUGGAAAAGUUAUACACAUAAACAGUUAGUUUGCUAAUGGGAUCAUAUAGGCACCCGGCUGUGGUGGUGGACUACCUUGCCGUAUUUGUCUACUAAUUAUUCACUUCAUAUUUUAAAUUCUAACAACCCCGAAAUCCAUUAUUUUCCAAUUUUUCCAAAAUUUUAAACAUCUCCUCCCCAUUUUUCAUACACUAAGAACAUUCGAAAAAUCAUCUACAAAAUCUCAAAAAACUAUUGAAUUAAGGACUGCAACUAAAUUGGCCCAUUUUUUGAUUAAAUGAAAUCGUGGCUAGAUAUUCAAGAUAUAGGGUGGACAUCAACGAAAAAAAAAAAUGCUUUUUACAAGACUUCCCCCUUAAAUGUCUGAAUGCAGUGUUAGGACACCGUGGUCAUACAAUUCUUCGGAUAAUUACAGCAGGAAACUAGUCAACCUAUUUAUCAUUUCAGUGUAUGGUGUUUAGUUAAUUUAUUAUAUCUAUUUAUUCUACUCAAAACCUACUAAAAAACGUCCUUAGAACUAAUGUCAGAUGUGGGUCAAAUUCUUGUUUGGAAAGAGCGCCCAAGUUAAGAAAGCAACGAAAAUCCUAGGGUGUCAUCGUGUCUUUACGUCCCCCAUUAAGCCAUAACAGGGGCGGAUCUAGGGGGAGGGUGCAGGGGGUGCGCACCCCUCCCUGAGAUGACCUGCGGUUUUCUAAUACAACUGGUAUUCUGCAAAAAAAGAAAAAAGAAGUGUGGUUUAUUGGUGUUGAAGUAGAGCAAGAGACGAGUGCACCCCCUCCUAAAAAAGAUCCUGGAUCCGCCCCUGCAUAAUAGGAAAUCUAUAACUUGAACGUAUUAGUUUUGCAGUGAAGUUACAAAAGAACUGCAAGUUGUACAAUUGCAAUAUCGGCACGUACAAACUUCUUGCUUGGCUUAAUAAACCCAUUGCUCUCUUAGACAUUCUCUGUCACCUCCAUCGUCAAUGCUAGAAAUUGGCCUAUUUUGCUAAAACGAGGCCAAUGAAGGAGGAUCAAAGGAUAGAAAUAACAAUGCAUAUUCAGUUUAAACUGUCAGUUUGUGAUCGAUGCCAGUGGACGUUGCUAUGCUAAUUAACGGAAGAAUCAUCAUAAGCUCAAACUGAAAACUUUUUUCCUACAGCCUGGCCAAGAUGGAUUUUCUUUUCCACAAGGGAUGCGCGAAGGGGUUGUGAAUCAGAAUCACCAUGGAAGAGGCAUUACUAAUUUCGCUAGCUCCCACUAAAAUCAAGGGAGUUAUUGGCCAGUUUGACGCUGGGAAUUUCUACAAGACCCUUAGCAAUAAAACUUGUUAGAAUAGGACAAGUUACUAUCUGUCAAAACUACAGUAAAAACCCACAUAUAAGAACCUAGAAUUUUUGAGGUCAGGCUGAACAGGUUCUUAUAUUUUAGGGUAGUUUUUCACAAUUCAGGCUGAUUAUAGGUUCUUAAUAGGUUCAUAUUUUUCAGAGGUUGUCGUAGUGUAACCAUUCGCAG